AUGUCGAAGGAGGAGGAGGAGCAGGAGGCCGUGGAGGACGAGGAGGGGGCUGAGGAGGAGGUCGAUGACGAGGAGGACGAGGAGGAGGACGAGGAGGAGGAUGAGGACGAGGACGAGGAGGACGAGGACGAGGAGGACGAGGACGAGGACGAGGAGGACGAGGACGAGGAGGACGAGGACGAGGACGAGGACGAGGACGAGGACGAGGACGACGAGGACGAGGAGGACGAGGACGAGGAGGACGAGGAGGGGGAGGGGGAGGGGGAGGGGCAGCGGGGAGGGAUAGAGAGAGAGGAGAGCGGGGAUAGAGGAGUGCGAGAGAGAGAGAGGAGAGAGGAGAGAGGGAGGAAGGAGACAGAGACAGAGACAGAGAUAGAGAUAGAGAUAGGGACAGGGACAGGGACAGAGACAGGGACAGGGACAGGGACAGGGACAGAGACAGAGACAGAGACAGAGACAGAGACAGAGACAGAGACAGAGACAGAGACAGAGACAGAGACAGAGGGGAGAAGUGGAGUGGAGUGGAGAGGAGAGCGAAAAAAUGGAGGUGGAGAGAUGGGACAGGAGAAAGAAGCAGAUAACUCAGAAAUAGCAGGGAAAUCGUCAGGAAACCAUGCACUAGCUCUCAGAUUCCCCGCCCCGGGAUUGCAACCGCGUUGUCAGUCGCAUCCAGCCAUGUCUCUCUCCUUCAGUCAGAUGAACUCCUCUCGCGCUGCGCCGAGAGACCCGCAGGAUCGGUCAGGACGCAGACCGUUGUCAGUGCUUGAUGAUAUGCGACAAUUCAAACUGGCAGAUGACGAAGAAAUCUAUUACCCUCACACAAAGAAUACUCCCAUCUCACACAAGAGCAAGCAGCUCAGGUCCCGCCCUGGCUCGCGCUCCAGCGUUCCCAACAGGACAGCAGCAAGAAUCUCAGCUCGAGCGCAAGUAGACGACAUCAUCGCGUCGGAAGGAGAGGUGAAUCCAAGGAUAGAGCAGCAGAUCGAGGAGGAGGUGGACAUAUCGAGGAUCACCCGGCUGAGGGAGAUGAACAAGAGGAGGAUCCAAGAGCUCGAGAGGAAGCUCAAGUUGCUUCAAGGCUCCGAUGGAGCUGGAGACGAGGAUGUUGGUACGAGCAUCUACGUAGCCACUCACUAUGAGGAGCCCCGCGCUGAGCAGCAACGCGAGACUUUUCGGGAGCAACCCAAUCACUCUAGCACGGAGGAGCAGACAGACCAGGAUCAGCCCGGCAGCUCCCCGUCCGUGCAUGCUCACACUCGCUCUCCCGGUUGGCGGCGAAGCUCCCCGGAGCGGUCGAUGCCGCAGGAAGGAUACACGUCGGAUCCCGGUCCUGGCAACGUACCCAGGCACGACGUGGAGGGAGCAGAGUCAGAUACAGGAGGAGGUCGUGCAUCGUUCAUGCGCGCCGUGCACCGUUCACAGUCAGCGAGGCAGCGGAGGACAACGUUGGAGCCGUUCAGCUUUGAGACGAGGAUCAAGAAAAGUCCAUCACACAGGCACAGACUGCUUCGUUCUCGUCUCCUGCCUGACGAUUGUUGCAUGCAGACUCGGUUCGAGAAGGACUUGAUCGAGAGGGAGGAGCUAGAAAGGAUCGAGUACAGCAAGCAGUUUGUAGCUCGACCGAUCCCGCGAUCGACCAGGGAGGAGAGGUUCAGCAAGAAGUUGAUCCAGCAGAGCAGGAGGAGCCAGGAGAUCCGUGAAAAGAGCAGGGAGAAGCUCAAGGAAGAGCAGAGGCCCUUCCGGUGA